AUGCAUGAUGGUGCUGCUGCUGCUGCUGCUGCUGCUGCUGAUGAUGAUGAUGAUGAUGUCGAUGAUAAUGAUGAUGAUGAUGAUGAUGAUGAUGAUGAUGAUGAUGAUGAUGAUGAUGAUGAUGAUGAUGAUGAUGAUGAUGAUGAUGAUGAUGAUGAUGAUGAUGAUGAUGAUGAUGCUGAUGAUGAUGAUGAUGAUGAUGAUGAUGAUGAUGAUGAUGAUGAUGAUGAUGAUGAUGAUGAUGAUGAUGAUGAUGAUGAUGAUGAUGAUGAUGAUGAUGAUGAUGAUGAUGAUGAUGAUGAUGAUGAUGAUGCUGAUGAUGAUGAUGAUGAUGAUGAUGAUGAUGAUGAUGAUGAUGAUGAUGAUGAUGAUGAUGAUGAUGAUGAUGCUGAUGAUGAUGAUGAUGAUGAUGAUGAUGAUGAUGAUGAUGAUGAUGAUGAUGAUGAUGAUGAUGAAUACUGCAUACUGGUUCGAAGCAGCGAAUAG